CAAAAAGAAAAGACAUACAACAGCCGGUGUUCGCCAGUGGUCACCCACCUGACUACUAAUCUGCCUCUCAUUAGCUUGACUCUGGGAGAGCGGACGGGAUCCCGUAUUUUCCAAUGGAUAUGGUCGUAUGUGCUUGGAGCGUCAAGUAGAUUGCCCUAUCACCAGCUCGUGUUUGACGCUGGAUUCAGCAUACCUAGUGGGUUCGGAACAGCCCGUGUCCCCCUGAGUCAAGCAUCAUUGCAGAGAAGCUGUGUCUUGCAUGUCAUGAUGUUCAAGCUGUGA